AUGUAUCAGCAGGUUUUCCAUUAUCUCGUUCUCAACCUAUUAUUGGUCAGAGUCGCGAGUGGAGCGGAACGAGAUAUUCAACAACGAGCAAGUCAGACUCGUCGUCAACUGUUCGUUGAUCAGCGUGGUGGCGCUACGUACAAGACAAUUGUUGCCGCAGCUUCUGCCGCCGGUCCUGGUGACACAAUCAUCUUGGCCAUAGGUAGUGGUCCAUAUCGCGAGACUCUCAAUAUUAGAAAAAAUGGUACUGCCGCCGCGCCAAUUAUAGUUGAGGGCCACGGUGAGACCAUCACUGGCUUUGAUUUAAUGCGAUUUACUUUCGAUGGAAAAGCUUGGAUCCACACACUUCCGAAACUAUUCGAGGAGGAUCCAGUCGUUAUUGCAAAAGACGGUCGACGUAUCCUUCAGAAUCAAACUACCGGUCAAUUUCUUGGGCCUGUCAAACUACGGGAAGAUGGGAAAACUUUCGAACUGGCUCUUGGCACUUCAACUGACGGAUGGGAAAUUUCUGCUCGUUGGUUCGUUGUGGCUAUCACUAGUACUUCUCACCAUGUCUAUCGUAACAUAGUCGCUACUGGAGCCUUAAACGAUGGUUUUAAUCUUCACGGUUACGGUACCGACCUCGUGUUUGAGAAUAUAACUGGCUAUAACAAUCUCGAUGAAGGUUUCUCCUCACAUGACACAAUCUCAUCUACGAUUAGAACUGGUCGUUUCUGGGCUAACGACAACGGCAUUGCUAAUGUCAAUGACUGCAUUACGAAUAUCAGCAAUGUCAUUAUCUACGAUAAUGUCGGCUAUGGCCUUUUUCUCAAUGCCAACACGAGCAGCAACUUAAUCGAUGUCAGCGUUUGGAACAACGGCGCUACUCAGAUUCGUUUCGAUAAUAGUGCAGCAGGUACAGCUACGAGAGUUUCCGUGUGGAAACCAUCGUGGAACUCACCACCAUGGCGUCGUUACAGGGAGUCAAAACUCAUUACCAGUUCAGCACCACUCGGUAAUAACGCUGCUCGUAUACCGAUUCCUUUCUGGACAGGUACAAUUCAAACCAUGGCCACACCUAUACCUGACUUUUGA